UUGUUCCCCCGCCCUCUUUGUGCGAAUGUUGUGCUGGAAAUUGGACCGAUUAGGCAAGAGGCAAAAUUAUACAAAAGUUUCGGUCGGCUGGUUGAUUAUUGUCUGAUUGCGCCUCGAAAAUGGCAGUGUCGAUUAGCGAAAUUUGCGAAAACACCAAGCUUGCCCGUGAAAUGGCUCUCACGGGCAACUACGAGACUGCGGGCGUUUACUACCAAGGAGUGGUGCAGCAGAUUCAUCGACUUCUGACGUCCAUCAACGACACAACUCGCAGGGCAAAGUGGCAGCAGGUGCAGCAGCAAAUUGCCAACGAAUACGAACAGGUCAAGGGCAUCACAAACAUCUUGCAGCUUCUUAAAGCCGAUGGACACCUGGACAGACCUCUAGGUGGUUCAACGUCCUACAAUUUUUCUGCUUUUGAGGAGCCAACUCGAGACCCAGAUGUUUGGGGACCUCCACCACCUAGAGAUCCAGAUGUGUGGCCUGCACCAACUGUUGUGGAACACAAGAGUGGAACGCCUGUGAGAACUGUCCGAAAUACGAGGAAAGGAGGAACAGACACUGGCAACAAAACUGGUACCUUAAGAGGAACUCGAGGUGGAUCCACGUCAGCAAACAAAAAAGAUGCAGGGAGGAACACUAAGGGGAAGGUUGAGCAGACCCCAAGAAGUGCCCGGGGCGCCAAAAAUUCUGAUUCCAAAGAUGAUAAAGAAAAAGGGGACAAGAGUGAAAAGGAUGGGGAAAGUGAAGGGAAAGAAGAACACGAAGAAGAGGAGAAAAGAUUUGACCCAUCUGGUUAUGAUAGAGAGCUUGUUGAAAUGCUUGAGAGGGAUAUUGUGCAGAAAGAUCCAAAUAUCCAUUGGGAUGACAUAGCCGAUUUGCAUCAAGCAAAACGGUUACUGGAGGAGGCAGUUGUCUUGCCUAUGUGGAUGCCUGAUUUUUUCAAGGGAAUUCGUCGACCCUGGAGAGGUGUUCUGAUGGUUGGACCUCCAGGCACUGGAAAAACUAUGCUGGCCAAGGCUGUGGCUACGGAGUGUGGCACCACUUUUUUCAACGUAUCCUCGUCGACUCUCACUUCAAAGUACAGGGGAGAAUCUGAAAAGCUGGUGCGACUGCUUUUUGAGAUGGCUAGAUUUUACGCUCCGUCAACAAUAUUUAUUGACGAAAUUGAUUCUUUGUGUUCGAGACGAGGAUCUGCCUCAGAGCAUGAAGCCUCCAGGAGAGUGAAGUCCGAGCUUUUAGUUCAAAUGGAUGGAAUCAGUUCCGCAAGUGAGGGUGAGCCAGGAAAAGUGGUUAUGGUUUUGGCUGCUACAAACUUUCCAUGGGACAUAGAUGAAGCUCUGAGACGUCGACUGGAGAAACGAAUCUACAUUCCACUACCGAGCAACGAGGGCAGAGAGGCGCUGCUGAAGAUUAACUUGAGAGAAGUGACAUUGUGCGAUGAUGUAAAUUUGACUGAUGUGGCUGUAAAACUUGAAGGAUACUCCGGUGCAGACAUCACAAACGUGUGCAGAGAUGCGUCUAUGAUGGCUAUGAGAAGGAAAAUAGCUGGCAUGAAACCUGAGCAAAUCAAGCUGCUGGCAAAAGAGGAGCUUGAUUUGCCAGUCAGCCAUAUGGAUUUCCGCGACGCACUUGCCAAGUGCAAUAAGUCCGUUAGUCAGGAGGAUUUGGAUAAAUACGAACAGUGGAUGAAUGAAUUUGGCUCUGCUUAGUUAGCAAAAACAGGCUCUAUACUCAAAAUCUCCACUAAUGUGAUAACAUAGCUAUUAAUUAUUGUGCUGUUGAAGUGGUCGUUUGAAAAGAAUUAUAUUUAGAUAUUUCUUUCUCAGGAAAUGAGACGUCUCUAAAAAUUUUUGAAUUAUAUAAAAAAAGGAAUUUAUAUACCUAUCAUAACUUAUUUGGAGAUGUAAAAUUAGCAUAAAUUGUAAAUAUAUAUCGAGCACCUUUGAUUAA